AUGGCGAUGGCUGUCUCCGGAGCUGUGCUGGGUUCUUCGUUCCUCUCUGGAGCGAAGAGGAGUGCCACCUCAUUGGGAGGCGGUGUUGGCGCCGGAGCUGCGAGAGUUGGCCGGAAAACUGUGGUUGUCGCUGCUGCGGCUGCUCAGCCUAAGCAAUCGUGGAUCCCCGCCGUUAAAGGUGGCGGCAACUUCCUCGACCCAGAAUGGCUCGAUGGCUCGCUACCGGGAGAUUACGGGUUCGACCCAUUGGGUUUGGGAAAAGACCCGGCUUUUCUCAAAUGGUACAGAGAAGCAGAGCUAAUCCACGGCAGAUGGGCGAUGGCUGCGGUUCUCGGGAUCUUUGUUGGUCAGGCCUGGAGCGGCGUGCCUUGGUUCGAAGCCGGAGCUGAUCCUCGAGCGAUCGCUCCUUUCUCGUUCGGAUCGCUACUCGGUACCCAAUUGCUUCUCAUGGGUUGGGUGGAGAGCAAACGAUGGGUCGACUUCUUCAACCCGGACUCUCAGUCUGUUGAAUGGGCCACGCCGUGGUCGAGGACCGCCGAGAACUUUGCUAACUACACCGGCGAUCAGGGAUAUCCCGGUGGACGAUUCUUCGAUCCGUUGGGUUUCGCCGGGAAAAACAGAGACGGUGUUUACGAGCCGGACAGAGAGAAGCUGGAGAGGCUGAAACUGGCGGAGAUUAAGCACUCAAGGCUCGCAAUGGUUGCAAUGUUGAUCUUUUACUUUGAGGCCGGGCAGGGCAAAACUCCUCUCGGUGCUCUUGGUUUGUGA